GUGAGGUUGAUCCAAUUCAAGGUUCUCAUUAAUUGGUACGGAUCCGUAUUUACCAGGCUACCAGGCUACACAUCGCUGACCGCUGGGAACUUAUUGGGAACCUAUUAGGAAUCAACCGAGAUUUAUGCCUAUUUGGACUCCAUCGACGUAACGAUACCGCGUACUUCACUAAGAAUCGUCAAAAUCGCUAGACAUCAACGACCCCGUUCGCCGGCAAUCCGAUACCUUCUCUGCUUGAGCACGAUUCCUAGCUGCCUCGUGUGAGAUACUCCGACUUUCGCAGCGAUGAACAUCCUGGAAUGGGCCUUCGGUAAGCGUAUGACGCCUGCCGAGCGUCUACGCAAGAACCAGCGCAUGAUCGAUAAAGCAAUCCGGGAACUAGAUCAAGUGCGAGUUAAACUAGAGAAGCAAGAAAAGACUCUCGUCGGUCAGAUUAAACAGAGCGCGCAGAAGGGGCAAAUGGGAGCAGCUAAGAUCCAAGCGAAGGAUCUUGUACGUACGAGAAGAUACGUCGAGAAAUUCUACGGGAUGAGGAGUCAACUACAGAAAAUAUCGUUACGGCUACAGACCCAUCGAACCAACGAGCAAAUGAUGCAAGCAAUGAAAGGAGCUACGGUCGCCCUCGGCAGUAUGAACAGGUCGAUGAACUUGCCCGCAUUACAGCGUAUCGCCAUGGAAUUCGAACGAGAGACUGCUAUUAUGGACGAAAGGCAGGAGAUGAUGGAUGAUGCGAUUGACGAUGCAAUGGACGUUGGCAUAGAAGAGGAGGGCGAUGAAGUUGUGGAACAAGUCUUGGAGGAAAUUGGUGUCGACCUAAAUCAAGCCUUCGGAGAAACCCCGACAGGCCUUCAAUCUGAGAAAGUUCCCGAGGGGCGAAUUGCCCAAGCUAUCGGUGGCCCUAGCGGCGGCGGUGGGGAUCCCGGGGAUGAUGAUCUCCAGGCUCGUCUUGACAGUUUGAGGAAAUAAAUAUAAAUAUGGAUUAGGUGUAAGGUUUUACGUGCGACAGCAAAGGAUUUAACAAAGACUGGACUUGUUGAGACAUUAAUAUGUGCGG